AAAGAAGUUGAUGCUUAAUUUCGGCAACGUCGUUCCAGGGGCCUGUUGGAAGAUAAAGAGAGUGAGUCUCUCAGAAGAAUCACAGCCUUCUUCCCACGAAACUGCAAAUUUUCAAUCAAUUCAAUCUUCACACGCAAUUUUCAAUUUCCAUCGUCAAUUUCAAACAUUACCCAACAUACCCAUUUGUUUGGAACUUGGGAUACUUCAUUAAUUUCUUCGUUUUCCCACAAUCACCCAUCAAUCACAAUCCAAAUUACUGCAACCGGAAGUGUGAAUUUGCAUGGUUGUGGACCGUCGGCUUCGUUGAGCUCAUCGGAGAAAACCCAGAAUCGGUAGAAAGCGUAUAACUAGAUGAAGUUGCGAAGGUCACUGCUUUUAGGGUUUCUGUUCUUAAAUGUGGUGCAGGUGUCUGUUGCGAGAUUCGUGGUGGAGAAGAACAGCUUGACGGUGACGUCGCCGGAGAAGAUUAAGGGGACCCACGAUAGUGCCAUUGGCAACUUUGGGAUACCUCAGUAUGGGGGUAGCAUGGCUGGUGUUGUGGUGUAUCCGAAUAGGAACCAGAAGGGCUGUAAGGAAUUUAAUGAGUUUGGGAUUUCGUUUCAGUCCAAGCCUGGAGCUCUCCCCACUUUCGUCUUGGUCGAUCGUGGAGAUUGCUACUUUGCUUUGAAGGUUUGGAAUGCACAGAAGGCUGGUGCUUCUGCAGUGCUUGUUGCUGAUGAUAUGGAAGAAUCAUUAAUAACCAUGGAUACACCUGGGGAGGAUCAUGCAUCUGCAAAAUACAUUGAGAAUAUAACAAUUCCAUCGGCACUUAUUGAAAAAAGUUUUGGUGAAACACUAAAGAAAGCAGUUAAUGGUGAAGAUAUGGUCAAUGUGAACCUUGAUUGGAGAGAGGCUGUUCCACACCCUGAUGAUCGUGUGGAGUAUGAAUUAUGGACCAAUAGCAAUGAUGAAUGUGGAAUAAAGUGUGAUAUGUUGAUGGAAUUUGUGAAAGAUUUCAAGGGUCCUGCACAGAUACUGGAGAAAGGUGGUUAUACUCAGUUCACACCCCAUUAUAUAACUUGGUAUUGUCCACAGGCGUUCACCCAAAGCAAGCAAUGUAAAUCCCAGUGCAUCAACCAUGGAAGAUAUUGUGCUCCAGAUCCUGAGCAGGAUUUCAGCUCUGGUUAUGAUGGUAAAGAUGUGGUUAUGGAGAACUUAAGGCAACUAUGUGUUUUCAGAGUAGCAAAUGAGAGCAAAAAGCCUUGGGCAUGGUGGGACUAUGUAACAGAUUUUCAAAUAAGAUGUCCUAUGAAGGAGAAAAAAUAUAAUAAGGAAUGUGCUGAAACUGUUAUCAAAUCUCUUGGAUUGGAUGGUAAAGAGAUUGAGAAGUGUAUAGGUGACCCUAAUGCUGAUGCUGAUAAUCCUGUUCUCAAAGAAGAGCAAGAUGCCCAAAUUGGGAAAGGAUCAAGGGGUGAUGUAACCAUAUUGCCUACCCUUGUUGUUAAUAAUCGGCAAUAUCGAGGGAAGUUGGCCAAAGGUGCCGUUCUAAAGGCCAUCUGUUCUGGUUUUGAGGAGACUACUGAACCAGCUGUCUGUUUAAGUGGUGAUGUGGAAACAAACGAGUGCUUGGACAAUAAUGGGGGUUGUUGGCAAGAUAAAGAAGCCAACAUCACUGCUUGCAAGAAGGAUUGGCUGACACUAGGAGACAUGAGAGUGAUGCCAAGAACAAGGAUAUAUUGCUAUAACCCUCCCCAAACCAAGAGUUCCACAUCUAAGAGAAAUGGGCUCUUGGAUGGGUUUAUAAGCGUAAAGCCACCAACCACUAGUGAGUCAUUCUAUCUUGCAGCAAGUGGGCCUGGGAGGUGCAAGCUAAACAAUGGAGGUUGUUGGCACGAUGCCCAAAAUGGACAUGCAUACUCUGCUUGUGUGGAUAGUGAAGGUGGUAAAUGCCAGUGUCCUCCAGGGUUUAGAGGAGAUGGUGUCAACAGUUGUCAAGAUAUUGAUGAAUGCAAAGAUAAGAAAGCCUGCCAGUGCCCUGAAUGUAACUGCAAAAAUACCUGGGGAAGCUAUGAGUGUACCUGCAGUGGGGAUCUUUUGUACAUGAAGGAGCACGACACAUGCAUAAGUAAGACAGUUACUGAAGUAAGAUCAGCGUGGACUGCUGUUUGGGUGAUUUUAAUAGGCUUGGCUAUGGCUGGUGGUGGGGCUUAUCUUGUUUACAAAUACAGAUUAAGGUCAUACAUGGAUUCGGAGAUCAGAGCAAUAAUGGCACAGUACAUGCCCCUGGAUAGUCAAGCAGAAGUUCCAAAUCAUGUCAGUGAUCAGCAGAAUCAUGCUUGAACCAUUGAAGAGCAGAAAAAAAAACAACUUCGUCGGAAAUAUUUUCAAGGAUUUAAGGUUGUGCAGGGUUGAUUUUCAUCGAGUCAUGCCCUUAUAUUAUUGGAUUUUGAGCUUGGGUCUUAUGGUUGUAUAAAAUAUAUGGUGGACUAUGAAGAAAUGAAAAUCUGUAUUUCUUUGUUGAAACCUUAUAAUACGAUGUUGAGAUACACUUUUGACAUUGGGGGCAGAAUGAUUGCUCAUUAGGAAUCCUGCAGCAUCAAGGAUCUAAGAAAAUUUUCAGAUAAUUUAUUUUUAGGAUUCUGUAACUCGAUGCAUUUUAGCUGUAGUACUCUUUGUUCCUAGUUAUUAUAACAAUAUUUUCAUUUUCAAUAUAAGGAGCAUUAAUUA